CCAAAGCAAGACCCGCCCUAACGAAAGAAAGGAAGAGGUGAUGAAAAUAGCAGGACAACACGAGCCGAGGUUGUUCUCUACCCGAAGUAGGAGUGCGAUCGCGGGACUUUGCUUGCUCGUGUUUCUACCGUACUUUUCUUAUAUUCUACUGGGGUGGGAACGCUUAGAGAGGAUGCAAGCCUGUGUUUUCUUUGCAGCAAAACCCUCUCCCUCUCCUCUCCGCGUGAAGUCUCAGCACUCGUCGGCCAUUUCGAGCGAUUCCCUUAAAACUGCAGAGACGAUGGCUGCUAAAUGGGCUCAGAAGACUGUCGUCAUCCCUCCCCAGAAACGAGGUUGCCACCUCAUCACCCCUAAGAUAUUGAAGGAAGUUGAACAAGAUUUAUCAGGCUUCAAAUGCGGUCUUGCACAUUUAUUCAUUCAACACACGAGCGCUUCCCUAACUAUAAAUGAGAACUAUGAUUCAGACGUCCGGGCCGACACUGAAACAUUCCUCAAUAGGAUAGUUCCAGAGGGGCCAUCUGCACCUUGGAAGCAUACAAUGGAAGGCCCUGAUGACAUGCCAGCGCAUAUCAAAUCAUCAAUGUUUGGUUGCUCCCUCACGAUCCCAAUAACUGAUGGACGUCUCAACAUGGGAACUUGGCAGGGAAUAUGGCUGUGCGAGCACCGGGAUUAUGCUACUCCUCGCAAAAUUGUGGUUACUCUUAAUGGAGUGUAAAUAGUAAUGAGUUAAGUAGGUUGUGAAAGCUUUUGUCCUGAGAUAUUUGAACACAAAGAUUCCAAUAUACGCGCCGUGUAGCCACCUACUUGUGUGGCCUCUGGCCUUUCAAUUCUCAUAGGUAUUAAAAAAAUUUAGUUGAUGAGAAUUUUAUGCAACAAGUGGCAUGGUAAAUUUACUAA